CCCUUCUCGGCUCACUCUCGCUGGCUGUUGCAAAUACGUGGUAGCUCCCCACGGCGUUUCGAAGAAAGGGACAAAACACUCAACAUCAAUCCGCGCGGGCGACAGGGCGAGCAUAUCUAUCUCUGUGUACGUUCGGCUGAUCCCUCUGUCUAAGGAAGGAACUCAGGAGACCAAGAAAAAAAAAGGGCAGGUCGGCGUUAUUAUACAUACGCAGUAGCUAGGCGGAGAACAAACAAAUUAAAUUAAAGACGCGCGCGCGUUCGGCAGAGAAGAUGUUGGCCUGCAUCGCGUGCGCGAAGCAGGAAGCUGACGAUGGCGCAGAGGAGAGGGCGCGUGCGGCGACCACUCCGAGCAACAGAGAAGCCGUCAAAAGCCUCACCUCACAGAUAAAGGACAUGGUUCUGAGGUUUUCCAAAGGAGGUGGAAGCACCUCAUCCUCUUCUUCGUCAUUCAGGAGCAGGAGCUUCCGCCGCCACCAUAGCCAAAGGCAGCACCAGCGCGCCUAUACUUACGAAGACGCCGUGCAUUGCAGCAACCAGUUGGGCGCAGUAACUUCGAGGCCAGCGGCGGGGAACGCGACUAAGAGCGUGAAAGAGGAUCAGCAGCGGAGGUGCGGAGGGAAGUGGACUGUGGGCGUGGAGGAGGAUGAUGAUAUAGUGGUGGAGGAGGACGUUGAACCGCAGGAGUGGACGGCCCAGGUGGAGCCCGGCGUUCAUAUCACCUUCGUCUCACUCCCCGGAGGAGCCGGCAACGAACUCAAGCGCAUUCGGUUCAGCCGGGAGAUGUUUAACAAGUGGCAAGCACAGAGAUGGUGGGGUGAGAACUACGACAGGAUCAUGGAGCUUUACAAUGUCCAGCGCUAUAACGGCCAGGCGCUCCAGACUCCAGCCAGAUCGGACGACGGCGAGGGAGAGUCGAUGUGGUCGAAGGUGCUCUUGACAAAGGAGAGCCCCAUCACUCCGGCGCCACCCGCCACAGAGUCAAUUAUAGCCAGAUCAGAGACUCACAAGCCACCGCUACCUGCAGCCUUAGCCACGUCCCACGUCCUUCCGCAUCGCCUUCAUUCACCUGCCGCUGCCGCGACUACCACAGAAGGAGCCUCCGGUGUCAAGACCGAAGCCGCCGCUUCGGUGGACGCGUCGAGGACCACCAUCUCGUCCAGAGACGAGGCGUCCGUCUCCGCCAGCAACGCCAGCGACCUUGAGAUAACAGAGUGGGUGGAGCAAGAUGAGGCCGGUGUUUAUAUCACCAUCCGCGAGAAUGGCGACGGCACCAGGGAGCUCCGUCGCGUGCGAUUCAGUCGGGACAAGUUCGGGGAGGUGCACGCUAAGCUGUGGUGGGAGGCCAACAGAGAGAGGAUCCAAGCUCAAUAUCUGUAGACCUCGAGAGCAAAACAAGGCAAGCCAUCCAAAGCAUUUGACGCUGGACGUGUAAAAUGACAAGGCAGAACACUGAAAUCAGAUUUUUUUUUUUUUUUUGUUUAUUUAGCUAUAUGAUAAACAUAGUGGGGU